CCAACACAUGCCCUUUUUGCUGGUAAAUUGACUCCUGCGGCCAAUGUUGAAGUGCAACAGAUAACACAAAUUGUUCCCGAUCGGAAACCAUCCUCAAUUAGUCGGCGUUCAUCGCUUGUUAAUCCUGAAUGGUGCUACCAUAAUAUAUAGUUGGCCACGUUUCACUGCAAGACUUUUGUGAGUUUGUCAAACUCUUUAAAACACAAAUACCGCUAUGAGUGCAAAUCCGUCUUACAAGCCGUCCGAAGGGAAGCGAGAGGAAUUUCGAAAAUAUUUAGAAAAAAAUGGUGUCAUGGAUGCACUUACCAAAGUAUUAGUUAAUCUGUAUGAGGAGGUUGAUAAACCCGAAGAUGCAUUAGAAUUUAUUCGUGACAAAUUGGCAACUAUAGCAGGACUGGAGCCUCAGAAACAAGUGCAGAAAAAACUCGAUGAAGCUAAUGACCGAAUAAAAGAUUUGGAAGAUCAAUUAAAAUCUCUAAGUGAUAAACUUCAAGGCGACACAAAAAUCUUUGAGUCUGAUAUCAAGGAAGAAUCCUUUGAGGAUCCCAUAACAGAACCUGAAAAAGUUGAGGAAAAGCCGCCUGAGAAUCUAACUGAUCAGGAACAGUAAUGUUUUCGGUUGUUAUAAUUCUGUUGGAUAUUUUUCAACCAACUGUUAAAAUGAUAAGUGCUUUGGAAUAAUACUGCUUUCAUAUUCAUGUUUGGUCCACUGGCACAAAUCAUUUUAAAAAUUUGGUUGAAUUAUGAAGUGUCUUAGUUAUAUAGAGUGCCUACUACUCUAAUUUAGCUCUGUACUUAUUGCUUUAAAAAGCACUUUAUGUACUUAGUAAGAGAUUUUGUUGACUUUAUUUACUUUUCCCCCUGUAUUUCUGCAUUAGUUGGUUGGAGGAACAUUAAACAAGAACCUAUGCAAAUUUGUUUUUGUCAACAUAUUCUUUUUAAUUUGUUAUUUUCAUUUGGAAAUGUUGCCUCAUUUUACAUUCCCUAGUUGGUCUGUAUUAAGCCAACCAGAUUUAUAAAUACGGCAUUUAAAAUUCUUUUGCAAUGCAAUCAAUGAAUUGACACAAUAAAAACUAAAGUAAACAAAAAACAUAUAUACUAGUUUAGUUGUUUUGAAUUAUGUUAUGAAUUUUACAUUUAUUUAGUUGAAGUUGAAGAAAUUUUGUUUUGUAUUAUUACUUCCGAGAAAAUAAAUGCUUUGGUCUUUAUUGAAACUUA